AUGCUGGCUGUGCACCAGACAGUCUUCGAGUUUGCAGGCCGCCCUCCCUUUGAACGUUCACCCACCAGACUUUAUACUCAGAAUGGAGCGCUCACCCUGGAUUCCAGCUGCUGGAGCCACCAGGUUGCUUUCGCCAUCGCUCAUGUGGGUGCUUCCAGCAGGUAGGGCAGCCUCGGGGGCAGUGGGUCUCAGGGGCAGCAGGUCAGCCUUGUGUCCUCCAGUGAGUCCAGCCUCCACAGGAGGGCAUGGCUGAACCUGCAGCAGGUCUACUCCAGAGUAAAUGAAAUUCAGAACCGUGGUCAGCAGCUCAUUCAGUCCGCGACCAAACUGUCCAUGCAGCCAGUGAGAGAGAUGUGCACGGUGCCGCCUGGUGGUGAUGAGGAAAAGGCCUUUUCUUCCCCCAAGACACUGAAAAACAAAGAUGUCGAUACUGAGUCCUAUGAGGAUGUGCGGGGAGCACAGCACAGCCCAUCCUAUCAGGAGAUGAAUGUAUUGAUAGCAUCAUCGGGAGUGGCUACCAGCAAAGAGGCGGGGAAUGCCUCGCUGCGGGGCCAGGCGGGAACGUGCGGCCUGCUUGAGCCGUUGCAGAUACUGAGGAGCUGCAGCGUCCCUGCUCUGAAGAGGAAGUGUGUGUCCCAGGUAAACACGGUGUCGUCCUCUGAGGGAGACACGGCCGCUGGCAGCCGAGUCCUGCAAGUAACCCUCACCUGCGUUUUCCGUAAUCACAACGUCCGGGCCAGAUACUACCUCCUCGUGGCCUCUGUUUCUCAGAUGCCAGACAUACUGAAAUUGGAAACACCAACCAGAGGGCACUCCACAGCCGAAGGCAGAGCUGCGCAGACCCUGUGCAUGGCAGCGCUGAGCCUGUCACAGCAAGGCCUCUGCUCCUGCUCCACCCAGAAAUGGAAACGUGGCAGGCUCACGAAGGCUGCCCUGCCCGCCCACACACAGAAGGAAGAGCAGGAAUGUGAUGGAUUCCUGGAAAAGAUCCUGUUGGGUUCAGUAGUGGUAUUGAAACAGGACUAGAUAAAACUAGAUCACAUGAGGCAGCAACAGCCCCUGUGUUCUCGUGGGCAGAAGGAAGAGCUCGCCCAGGUGCAUUCCUGGAUUCAGAACCCCAUGUCCAUCAGGAACUAG